ACAUGUACAUGUACUGUACACUCUACAUGAAUAGCACACAGCACUAUGGCGGUCAACAAUGACUCAGCACUGAGGCUCAUCAGUCUCAGAAGGGACGAUGAAGCGAAGUGGUACGUGGCUUCCUUGAGCAACAACUUCACUGGGAAGUAUCCAUUCAUUUGGCUGAGGGACAAUUGCCAGUGCAGCGAGUGUUACAACAAAGAAUGCCUGCAACGGGAGACUUUCACGACCGACAUGGACCCCGACGUCCUGCCGGCCGCCCAGGCCGUGACCAACCAAGGGGCGGUGUUGGAGGUCGUGUGGCCGGACCAGCAUCGCAGCAGGUACCUCGCCGAGUGGCUGGACAAGCAGCGCUUCUCGGAGUCCGAGAUUGACCCCGUCAGUUUCCCCGAUUACCAGGUGUGGGGGGCCGAAAUGAGCGGCAAGAUCCCCGCCUUUGAUUACGCCUCGAUCCUGAGCACUGACCAGGUCUUGUACGAGUGGCUUCGAACAAUCCAGACGACUGGGCUGGCCCUGGUGCGAGGGGCUCCUCAGAGGCAAGGCGUGGUCCGGGAACUUGCAGAAAGGGUUGCUUUUUUUAGAAGAACUAUUUAUGGGGAGGAGUGGCAGGUGGAGAGCAAGCCUAACGUCAGCAGUCUGGGCUACACCUCCAAGUUUCUUGUUCUCCAUACGGACCUACCCUACUACGUGAGCCCUCCGGAGGUACAGUUGCUCCAUUGCAUUGAGCAAGCAAAGGGGAAGGGCGGGGAGAACCAGUUCGUAGAUGGGUGGAACAUUGUCAGACAGCUGAAGGCAGAACACCCUGAGGCAUACAAGGUGCUGAGUACCGUGCCGGUAGACUACAAGAACGCAGCCACCGACCAAUACCCGUUCCACAUGAAGCUCAGCCGACCAAUCAUCGACUUUGACCUCCGAGGUGAACUUUGCAUGCGUUAUAAUGACCCCAUUCGCGCUCCCUACAUGCUAAUGCCAGUAGAGAAAGUGACAGACAUGUACAAGGCCAUCAAGCUCUUCAAUCAUGUGAUCUACCUCCCCCAGAACGUGGUUCACUACCGUAUGACCGAAGGGGAGAUCAUCACCUUCAACAACCGACGACUGUUGCAUGGACGAAGUUCGUUUGAAGUGCAGACCGGCAAUAGUCGUCUGCUAGAAGGCGGUUACAUUGACUGGGACGAGGUUCGUUCACGCAUGCGCGUGCUCAGGGAAAAGCUGUUUGGCAUCGAACGACUGUAGGGCAUAACGAUGCAAAGAAUUUCUUGGUACUAAAAUAUAUCCGUUUGGAUGGAAAUUGAGCUGUUAAUUUCGGCCAAAUUGCAGUUUGCGAUUAGCUAGUACUUGCAGAAAUCAAGGACUUACUGCUGAAACGAUGCAUUAUUGUAGGCCUAAUGACGCGUGAAUACUGGUACUCUGUAACUGCGAUGGUUCACUCUUACUUGCCCAUUGGAGGGCUUUGGUCCUGACCACCAAUAUCUUUGAGCUUGCACUGGACAUAUUUUACGGAAAUGCCGAAUCUGCAUGCGUAUGGAACACGCGUGCAUGGAUUGAUCAACGAGCCUGACCUACCUGCACUGGUUUGGGUCUCCAACUACAGACGACGUAUAAAAAAACUGGAUUGGCAAUGCCCUUAAUUAACCGCCAUAAGUCACUGAAGCCAGCAGUGGCCAUCUUACCUUGCCAAAUACAAAAAAGGCAAUGCAAAGGCUUACUCACCGGGGCCAUUGUUUACCAAUCGUUCAUGGCAACAGUAGUUACAAAGACACAACGAGCCAACGAUCACCUUUGUAACAGAGGUUGUGCGCAGCAGCCAUUUAUCUGGUAAGAGCGUCUGUUCCUGAGUAUGGUGUUCUAUUCAGACCACAAUACACAUGCAUGAUGCGCGAUGAGAGAGUUGUUUUACUGCGCGAUAAGAGUACUCUUACUGAGCAGUGCAACGACUCUCAUUGUGCAGUGUAAUGUGGCAUGAUUAGAACACCAUACCCCAGGGAUACACCUGAGAAGACCGUUGUGUUAUCCCUCCGAUUCGCUUCAGUGGCUACGUCAGCUAUGCAAGUCCAGAUUCUUUUAGUCUGACGUCUGUGUCUUCUACACGCAGUGUUUCGUACGAGUUUUCAGUGGACCAUUACUGAUCUGUAUACACUGGAUAGGCAGCUCUGCUCUGCGAAUCGAAGCGACUGCGCGGCCAUCUUAGGCUAUUCAUGGAGGAAGGAACUCCUCCAUGGGCUAUUCAAUUCAGCUUUAACUUAACGCCGUGCAAGAAUGCAGUUCGUGAAUGGACUGAAGUUGAAGGCCAUAUUGUGUUGAAUAUCCUAAGAUGGCCGCGUGGUCACUUCUAUUCACACAGAGGCAGUUACGCUUAGCUGCCUGUCCAGUCUAUAGAGAUCAGUAUGGACAGUCUGUAAAUCACAGUGAGCAUGGUGAGCAUGGUGAGCACGGGCAGUGACAACAAUUUUGUCCAAUGUGAAUGGUUCUGUCCAUUGUGGCUGUCCAUUGCAGUGGAGUACACUGAUAAAAAAUUCACAUAGUUCUGGCUUUCUCUCCCUGCUAGAAGAAAGGAUUAUCUAAGUUACUCUGUGGAGGCCGCUUUUUAAAUGUAAAUUUGCAUAACAGUGAGUAUAUUCAUUUUACUCUUUUCAAAAUGUAAUACAUUUGAAACAUAUUGCAGGAUUAAAUUACAAUGCUCAAAGGGAGUAUUGUGUUUCUUUUAAAAUUUUGGAUAAAACUUUAAUCAAAGAUGCCGAAAUUUAAUAUUUUUAUAAGAGAGGUAUAUCGUAAGAUUAUUUAAAUGUGUGUUGAACAUGCAGUUCCUGAAGAAAUCCAAUCAGAAGUACUUACACAUGUAAUUGGAAUAAUGUUUCUGAUUUCAUUUCUACAAACUGAGCAUAAUUUUCUUUAGCAUCGACUUUCAAUAUUUAAAUCAGAUAUUUUUUAUGCAGAUGUUUACAUAAACAUCUACUUUAGUUGUCGAUUUGUAGGCUGAAUGGGUAUGAAAAAUAAAGCAUAUAUUAUAAAGUCACAUUGUAGUUCCAUCACAUAAUUAUAAAUCAAAAUGUUUUCACUGCAACGGCUGUUCCAUGAGAACUUUCUCCAUGUUUUCCCCAUCACCAGCUGCAAAAACGAAGCUUGUAAAUAGCCGUUAUGUAAAUGGUGAUUCCAUCCAUUAAAAUAUGUGUGGAUGCCUG